CGCAGCAGUGCUCGAAUAAACUGGAAGGCGGCUUGCUGUAUCAGUCAGGGAGUCAGUGAGCGGUGGUGCUGGGUACAGACAGGGUGUUGUAGUUUUGCUCAUCAAGAGCGGUCUUAGUAGGAAAAUACAUCGCUGUGGAGCCAGAGGAAAUUAUCCUUUUCCAAACAGAGGACAAAGCGAGUACGGUUCUUGCGGUCUCCAGGGAGGGAGCGAAGCCUUGUGACUGCUUGGUGAAGCAAUAGUGGCUUCUGGUCUCCUCGAUCUCCCUUUUCGACUUUGUCAAGAUGGGGAACGGUUUAUCGGAACCCCACACCAUCUUCCCCGGACUGCCAUCGUUCCAGGCCCUGCAUAUUGUCAUUCUCGGACUGGACUGUGCCGGCAAGACGACGGUGUUAUACAGGCUGCGCUUCAACGAGUUCGUGAACACGGUCCCAACCAAAGGCUUCAACACUGAGAAGAUCAAAUUGGUGCUGGGCACGAAAGGUCGGACGGCAGCCUUCCACUUUUGGGAUGUAGGCGGUCAGGAGAAGCUGCGGCCGCUGUGGCGCUCAUACACACGCUGUGCUGAUGGCCUCGUGUUUGUGGUGGACUCUGUGGACACUGAGCGCAUGGAGGAGGCCAAAACAGAGCUGCACAAGAUCACAAGGCUGCAGGAGAACCAGGGGGUUCCUGUGCUUGUGCUGGCCAACAAGCAGGACCUGCGUAGCGCUCUACCAUUAGGUGAGCUGGAGAGGCUGUUGGCGCUCAAUGAACUCGGAUCUCACACGCCCUGGCAUCUCCAGCCGGCUUGUGCUAUCAUUGGAGAGGGCCUACAGGAGGGUCUGGAGCGUCUGCACGGCAUGAUCAGCAAGCGGAGGAAGAUGAUGAGGCAGCAAAAGAAGAAGAGAUGAGUGAGAGGGGCUAGUCAGGUUCACUCAUCUUGUGAUUACAUGCCUCCUGUCACUGUGCACUGGUGGAUUCAUUGAUUUUACUGGUUGAGUUUUAUCAGCCUGAUUGAUGGAGCUGGAGGGAUACACUUCAAAGACUGCUCGUUAGCCACUGUACACUAUUGGUUCGUCACCCUGCUCAUGGAAGGGUGCGCCGGAGUUGUCAGGAUGACAUCACAGGACCUUUUAUACUACUUCAGUGGACAUGUUGUUCAUUGAUUUCUUAUGAAGAUAUACACUGGAGAAAAACUCAUAUAUUGAAGAUGGAUCUCUAGGCUGUUUUGAUGUUCUGUGACCUCCAGUGUUAAAUAUUCUGUGAUCCACAUGUGAACUAAUGAAACGAAAAGAUAGAUUACCAAAGCCCCUGUGGAGUGUUCUGAAAUAUCUGAUGUACACAUAAUGGUGAUCUUUCACUCCUGUUCAUGUGAUAAAUACAAGCCUUUUUUUAUUGGACCAUUGUUGCACAACAGAGGUGGGGUUGUAAGGAGAACCAGGAUAAGCUUUAUGCGUCACUACUUGGGAAACACACAAAUGUUUGAGUAUAACGUCAGAACUGGCUGCCUUACCAGCCAAAACACAUGCAGUCCUGCACUAUCAGGUGUCUGGUUUAAAACUUCAGCAUUGAUAGCAGGACUUCUCCCAGGGUUCCUGAAGUUUUUCUGUCUUUACAAUCAAAGUGGAAUGAUGGUGUUAUUUGUCGAACUAUACACCAUGUGUGCUUCCCUCUACAUUUAAAUGCACUUUAGCAAACCCCUUUUGUAGGCUAUGAACAUCAGAUUUUGUAUAAAACCUAUGAUAUUGCUUCAAAUGAAGCGUUUUAUAAGUCCUAAGUUGUUCCAUGUUCAGGUGUGUCAUUUUGUCACUCAGUGUGUGUGUGUGAUGGAGGGCUUUGUAUGUGUCAAAAGUUAUACGCCUUGAAUAAAACAACAGAUUCAAUCAAGAAA